AUUGUUGGUGUGGGUGUUGUAGGUGAAGGGUGCAGCUCACCUGACGCAGGUGUCCUAGGGGUGGUUAAGGUGUUUGUGAGUAGUUUUGAGUCGCAGCUUGCAACCAGGUAACCAUUUACUAACACAGCUCAGGAUCUGUACACACGAGUCAUGGUGGUGGAGAUAAAAGUAGAGUACUGCGGCGCAUGAGGCUACGCACCCCGCUUCCAGGAACUGAAGCGAAAGAUCAACGCCAAGUUUCCUGAUGCGGUGGUGUCUGGCUCUGUGGGCAGAAGAGGGUGUUAUGAGGUGGUGAUCAAUGAUCAUUUGGUCUUCUCAAAGUUAGAAACGGGUGGUUUUCCUUUUGAAGAAGAUAUCAUGGAGGCCAUCAAUGAAGCUGAAGAUGGCAAGCCUCAGAAGAUUACCAGAAAACGUAAAGAGUGCAUCAUCAUGUAAUGCCCAACAUAAACAUCUCAUCUGAGAUGUGGUCCAACCUUCAGCUGUCUCCUUUUUCAUUCUACUUCACACUGAGUUUGUUGGACGUAAAUGAUUGCCAUAGCUAAAAAUUCAUGUUAUGGUAUGAGACUAAAGUCCAGAAAACUCUAAAGCUGAGGUAGAGCAAUAAAGUAGACAGUGAAGUAAAGCAGUAAACUAUUCUUGUAAUGUUAAAUCUCCUAUUUAAUAAGAUCAAGCACAUCUAGUCUUAUUCUGAUGCAGCCUGAAGUUAGAUCCAUUGUUUUAAUAGAAUAUCAAAACUUAUUUAAAAAGAGUUAUUUUAAAUAAUAUUAUGAAUAAUAUGUGACCCUGGAUCACAAAACCAUAAUUAUUAAAAACUUUUGAUCUAUCAUCUGUAUGAAUAAGCUUUCCUGAAUAAAUAAGCUUCCCAUUGA